CUCACACACACACUCACACACACUCACACUCACACACACACUCAACCAAGUCUUCUCAGAUGUUCUGACUUUUCAACACAAGUCACCUCCAAUCAUUCCAUUUCUGGAUCUGGACACACUUUUGCUCGGCUGCUGGACCAAGGAGGGGGAGCAUGGAUCCCAUCGUGGAAGUGGUGGCCCUGGUCCUGGGGUUCAUUGGGUGGGCGAUGCUGGGGAUCGCCCUGCCCAACCGGUACUGGAGGACCUCCACCGUGGACGGGAACGUCAUCACCACGUCCACCAUCUAUGAAAACCUGUGGAUGUCCUGUGCGACCGACUCGACCGGGGUGCACAACUGCAGGGAGUUCCCUUCUCUGCUCGCUUUAAGUGGUUACAUCCAGGCGUCUCGAGCCCUGAUGAUCACGGCCAUAGCGUUUGGAUCCCUUGCACUGUUUCUGGCCCUGGUUGGAGUACAGUGCUCGAAGGCAGGAGGGGAGAACUACGUCCUGAAGGGAAGGAUCGCCGGCGCUGCAGGGGUCAUGUUCAUACUCCAAGGUUUGUGCACGAUGGUCGCAGUGUCCUGGUACGCCUUCAAUAUCACUCAGGAAUUCUUCGACCCGUUCUACCCUGGGAUAAGGUAUGAAAUAGGAGAGGGGCUUUACAUCGGCUGGUGCUCGGCUGUGCUCGGCAUCGCAGGAGGCGUCUGUCUCACCUUGUCCUGCAAACUGGGCAAAGAGGAGCAAUACCCUUUGCCGUAUCAGACCAGAGGAACCGCAUAUUCUGGAACUGUUGCUGACAGAAGUGUGGCUGCCAGCACUUACGGCCGAAAUGUUUACGUUUGAGCCGACUGUGAAAACAGAACUAUGUCGAUCAAAUCUCCUUCAUGUGGCCGGGUCACUUUCUGUUGAUGCACCUGACAUGUCCAAGUGUUUUCUACUCUCUGCUGAGCGUCCAUGCUUCCAAACCCAGCACCACUGGACUGUAAAUAACCACGAUAACAAGUGUGUGUUCUGUCAAAUGGAAAAGUCGCGUCCACGUUGUAAAAGUUGUACAAAGCAUCUUCUCACUGUUUUAAUGCACAACCAAACCCAAAUGUUUGCAAUGAUUUUAUUUAUGUUCCUGUUUGCAUAUUUACACUCACUUAUUCAGAAGUUCAAUCAUGUAACGAUCAAUAUACACACUCAGACGUUUGUAAGGGGAAGGUCAAGGGCGUGAUGAUUCAGGUUUCUCUCUCUGUGUUGUUUUAUACAGUUCUUUUUUUUUUUUUAAGAUAUUAUCUGUGUAGGAUGGUGGAGGACACGUUAUCUUUGUUUGGAUGAUAUUUCGGUUGUUGUUUUUUACGA